UACAAAAAAAAUUAUUUGCCAAACAUUUUAAGCAAAACUAAUGAAUUUGUAUUUUGUUUUUAACUAUUGAUUUUUUUUGCCGAAAAAAUCAUUUUCAAUGUCCACACUCUCAGCACUGCCAUUGAAGUCUAACCCGACGUUAUGGUCAUCCAUACGAUUGGUCAGUAUUUUUGGAUUCAACGGCACAGAAGUGAUUUACGUGACCACUGACGACAAAGUGUACGGUUACGGUCCUAAUCGGUUCGGGUGUCUGGGAAUCGGCGUCAAUGACGAAGACAUCAAAAUACCACAACUGAAUGCUGUGUUGACCGACAAAGAAGUGACAAAUUUGUUCACUGGUUUUGGUCACGUGUUAGCGUUGACGGCCAGUGGACAGUGCUAUUCAUGGGGCGAGAACACGAUGGGACAGUUGGGUAUUGGCACUUACGAUUCACCCGUAUGUACGCCCACUCCUGUGGUAUUGUCGAGAACAGAUGACUUGCAAAUUGUGGCCAUCAGUUGCGGUAAUCGACACACACUGGCGUUGACUACCGACGGAUGCGUUUAUGGUUGGGGACGCAAUACGUUUGGCGCCAUCGGUGACCAAACAUGGUGUUGGAGGCCAUAUCCCGUAAGAACGGCCAUUGAAGAGCCGAUCGCUUCGAUAUCGUGCGGUAAAUGUCAUUCUUUGGCGCUCUCAAGGACCGGACGCGUAUAUCUGUGGGGUUUACAUGAUUUCGGACAAUUGGGUCGACCCAUUGAGGAACGGGAUUACAAGAUAUGCGACGACGGUCUCAAAAAAGAAAGGGCAUUCAACUCGUGUCCCGAACUUAUUCCCGGAUUCGAGGAUAUAGUGAUUCAAAAGGCUUGUUGUGGACCAAAUCAUACCAUUUUAUUGUCAUCGAAAGGAGAUGUCUAUACGUUUGGUCUCAACGAUUUUGGUCAAAUCGGCGACGGAACGUAUGAGAGUCGGGACACACCCUUUAAAAUUGAAAUGAACUGCAAAUUCAAGGAUAUUGUCGCCCAUUUCGAUAAUAACCUGACCAUUGCUCUCUCCGACGAUGACAUACCCUAUGUUUUUGGCUAUAGUUUCCAUAAGAAAGGAAUUUGUGUUUUGACUGAUCCGACCAAAUGGAUGACUCGUUCCUCUUUGAUUGAUGUCUACGCCCGGCAUUCAGGCGGUUAUAAAUCCUAUAAGACUAUUAUUAUCGGACAAAAAGUGAUGAAAUCUUUGGAACAAAUUAAUAAUAAGACCAGCGAUAAAACGGAACAAAUGAUAACAAAUACUUUAUUAACAAAUAAACCGUCAUUUGUUGUAAAGGAUUAUAAUAUGAAUCCAAUGAACUAUUCAAAUGAAGACAUUCUUCCGUCUAAUGUUUUUCGCAAUUAUUUAAUCAAAUCAUUUGACAAUCACAUGAACUUUGAUUUUGAGUUUGUCUUCAAUGAAAAAUCAAUCUAUUGUCACAAAACAAUACUUCAGAUUAGAAACAAACAAUUUUGGGACUCAAUUAAAGAUUCAUUGGUUUAUAACAAUGAGGUUUAUAUUGAAGACAGAUAUAGUUAUCAAUCGAUGCUUGCAUUUAUAAAGUAUUUGUAUUCAAUUACACCUGAAGUUAAUGUCGAUAACUGCUAUGAUUUAUUACGAUUGGCCACACAAUAUCGGGAACAGGAGCUCAGACAACUGUGCUCGCAGUUUAUGGAAUCUGUAGUCAAUUUAAAGACAGUCUCUAAGAUUUACGAUAUGGCUGUUAAUUAUCAAUUGCAAUCUCUGGAGAGUUAUUGUGAAAAGUUUGCAACAAAACACUGGAAAUCUAUAUUUAAAAGUAAAGGCUUUGAAUCAAUGAGCGAUACAUCGGCCAGAAAACUAAUUGCAGCCAUUUGUAGAGUAACUGCUAUAUAAUCAACAAAUUAAUUAAUUAUAGUUACGAUAAUAUAUUUCAAUUCAAUUUGUACUAAACAUGUUUAUAAAUUAUGGCAUUUUUGUGAUUAGAUAUACAGAACAAUAUAAUGCUUUUUAGCAAUUUUUUGAAUAUU